CUCCAGAAGCCUGACCCUCAGGCUGGGCGUUACGUCCAGCCCACGGGGCAGAGGCACAGCCUUCCACAUCACCUCUCUUCUCCAGGGAGAGGCCAUGACCAUCCCGAUCACCGUCAUGGCUCUUCAACUCACUCACGGGAAAAGUGCGGGCUUGGUGAACAGGCGGACGAGAGUGGCGGCGGGUGCGAGGAGUAGAGAGCACUGAGCGUUUCAAGUUUGACUCCAGCCUUGACCACCCACACCUAUCGACUUGGCACCUGUGUCUGCCUCCGCGUGGGGGCCAGAGCCACAGAGUGAUUGGGUGGUGGGACGACGCCCCUAAGCCCUCAUGCAUAGGGCAGUCUCUUCCAAAAGUUUGGUGCCAGACGGGUCCCUAGAACUCAUUUGAGAGCACCAGAAUUCCUCCAACAGCAACAUCUGCCACCUGCUGUGUGUCAUCGUGUCUAGUACACAUUUGUUCCGUUCAUCAAGAGCUCUCAUCAUUCAGGAAGAGUGGCCAUUCGUUUUGCAUUCCUGGGGUGCCUGUCAUAGUAUAGGAAUUUGUCUUUUCGCAGAGUCCUCAGAGCCCCUCCCUGAGGAGCCCAAGCUUGAGGGGAUGGCCUUCCACCACUGCCAUAAGGACCCCAUGCCCCAGUCAGGCCUCUCUCCCGAGAGGCUGAAGGCCCGGAGGCAGCUGUGUGCCGCCUGUGCUGUGUGCGUCCUCUUCAUGGCCGGGGAGGUGGUUGGUGGGUAUUUGGCACAUAGCUUGGCCAUUAUGACCGAUGCUGCUCACUUGCUGGCCGAUGUAGGCAGCAUGAUGGGCAGCCUCUUCUCUCUCUGGCUCUCGACUCGGCCAGCCACCCGAACCAUGACCUUCGGCUGGCACCGCUCAGAGACUCUGGGGGCUUUGGCCUCUGUGGUCUCCCUCUGGAUGGUCACUGGCAUCCUGCUGUACCUGGCCUUCCUCCGCCUGCUGCACAGUGACUACCACAUCGAGGGGGGUGCCAUGCUGCUCACCGCCAGCGUCGCCGUCUGUGCCAAUAUGCUAAUGGCCUUUGUGCUGCACCAGGCUGGGCCCCCCCACAGCCAUGGAUCUAGGGGUUCAGAGUAUGCACCACUGGAGGAGGGGCAUAGCUACCCGCUGUCCCUGGGAAACACCAGUGUGAGGGCUGCCUUUGUGCACGUGCUGGGAGACCUCCUUCAGAGCCUGGGGGUCCUGGCUGCCUCCAUCCUCAUCUACUUCAAGCCUCAGUACAAGGUGGCUGACCCCAUCAGUACGUUCCUCUUCUCUAUCUGUGCCCUUGGAUCCACAGCCCCAACCCUUCGAGACGUUCUCCACAUCCUCAUGGAAGGUGCCCCUCGCAGCGUGGGGUUUGAACCUGUAAGGGACGCACUGUUGUCAGUGCCGGGAGUCCGAGCAACCCACGAUCUCCACCUGUGGGCCCUGACGCUGACCUACCAUGUUGCCUCUGCACACCUGGCUAUCGACUCCACGGCUGACCCCGAAGCUGUCCUGGCUGAAGCCUCAUCCCGGCUCUAUUCCCGGUUUGGAUUCUCCAGCUGCACCCUGCAGGUGGAGCAGUACAAGCCGGAGAUGGCCCAGUGUCCACGCUGCCGGGAGCCCUCCCAAGCCUGAGCCUCAGCUCCACCCCCACCCCACUGCCCGGCCCAGGCUCAGCCGUGGACUCCCAGCACCUGCCUCCCCAUCACAGAAGGGACCAUCCUCUCUCCAUCUUCCACCUGCCAAACACCCCAGCCCCUGCCCUGAUGGUCAAGACCAAAGUGUGUAUGAGGGGAAGUGUGUAUGAGGGGGGGGAUCAGACUGAAUGGCUGUAAGCAGUUGAGGGGUGUGGGGUGUGUGGAAGCCACACCAUUCCUGCUCCACACAACCUGGAGAGUCAUGCUUGUCCUUUCUGUGCAAUUCAUGUGUCCUUGUGGCAGGCUGGCUGGCUAGCUGGGGACAUCUGCCUGUCUGUGUGCUGUUCGUGUGCCUAUAUGCCUGGGGAGGUCAUCAGGGGCCCCCUCCCCACGUGACCCUUGCUCUGUCUAUGCAGGGGCCCCAAAGCCUGCACUUUGUUUGUUUGCCCUAGUCCUGUGGUUCUGUCUGUCGUGUAUGUGUGCUCUUUGGUGCUGUGGUCUGUGUGUCUUUGUGCCUGUGUGGCUGUGCUGGUCCCUGUGAGUCUGCUGUACCUGUGUGUCCACUUAAGGCUCUGUCUGUCCAUCCCUCUGUUGGUGCUGUAUCCUCAGCUUUCCCCUAGGGAGAGGGAGGAGUCCACCGCAGCUCCACCAAUAAACUUGUAUCCAACUGCA